UAUUGUACAUAAUAUUAUUAUACACCUAAUAAUAAACACGAUACAGAGCCGGUACCGCCUUCCGCCGUGUACCGCGUAUAGUGUGCGUCGCGUUCCCACCGAGUGCGGUCGUCAUGUGCCGUUGAACCGUUCGCUUUCGGACAACCGAAAUACACGUUAUUCGUCUAGGUUUUUUUUUGUGUGUGUGUAAUUGUUUAGUUGUGUUUGUUUGUGUUUGUUUUGGAACAAAUUUAUUUUAUCGUUACGGAUUAUAAUGCAAGUCUAAAGGGCACCCGCUCUCGUCGGAUGCAAUAAGCGCGGGACAAACGAAAUGGACGAGGAAACGGCCGUGGUUUUGGGCGUGCAGCUCUUGGCCCUUUGCUGCAUCGUGUGCUCACUGGUUUUAUACUUGUUGCGGAAAAUGAGCAGGAAAACGGUUUAUGCCACACCGGCGCUCCGGUCCGUAUUGCUCACGUCGUGCGAGACUUCCGUUGGCUUGCAGCUGUGCGACAAGCUGGCGGCCGCUGGCUUUCGAGUGUUCGCCGGUUACAAGCCAGCAGGGGAAGCCGACGACGGGGCAUCGUCCGGGGCGUGUACGGUGCUGCGCAUGCGGAUCAAACAGCGCGAAUCGGCCGACCUGGAACGGGCGCCCGGUGGCAUAGUGUUCAUGCAGUUGGACGUGACACGUGAAGAUUCCCUGCACGAAGCCGUGGACACAAUCAAGAGGCAUUUGCCCGCCGGCGAAGACGGUCUAUGGGCGGUGAUCAAUACUGCCGAUCUAUGCCUCAGGGGAAGAAUUGAAAUGCAAGAGAGCGCUCAAUGGGAAACGUUGUUUAAGACAAACGUCUUUGGGACGUUUAAAGCUGCCAGGACGUUUUAUCCUUUGUUGAUAAGUCAAAGAGGUCGUCUGAUCAAUUUUGGUACAUCCAAGGGACAUCCUCGUCGGCAAGGGAUGACCGCGUUCGACGCUGCCCGUCACGCCGUGGUCGGUGCCAGCACUUCCUUGCAACAGGAUCUUAAGGAUUUGGGCGUACACGUGAUUGUGGUGAACACAAACGACAUUUUGCCGGAAAACCUCUUCGAACCCGUGCGAUCAGCCAACGAACGAACGCUCAACGACACGACGGUGUACCUGAAACAAUGCCUGCCCGAUUAUGCGGUGCACACCAUGUUCGACGCCUUGCUCGAACCCAAUCCCAAGACCGUGUAUAAUUUUGAAAAACCGUCGAGUUUCAUGUGCGGCGGCUUCUCCAGGAGAAUAACGAAACCAGAAAGCCCAGCCGGAUAUCAAAAUAUUUAAAUAAUAAAAAUAUCAUGUACAACAUUAUUAUUAAAACGACAUUAUACAUUAUUUUUUUUCCCCAACCUACCACAGAAACUACCAAUAGUUUUGUAUGUACAUAAUAUUAUUAUAACUGUGUUCAAAAGUUGUUUUUAUAUUUAUAUAUAUAUUAUUUUAAACGGAGCCCAUCCAUAUGUAAUAUUAUUUAUACAAGAUAAAGUAUAUAAUGACAAGUGCGUUUCGACAAUAUCAUAA